AUGGCGCCGUCGAUCGCCGGUUACACCUGGCACGACGCCUACAACUUCGCCAUUGUGAACCCCGGGCAGGCGUCCGGGGCGAUUCUCCUGGCAUGGCCCCUCUUCAUCGCCUUCGCGGCGGUGUGCGUGGUGCUCUCUCCGCUCGUGUUUCCCGGCGCGAUGUUGGUGGCCUACGUCCUCAACAAGCGCGGAGCCCAGCCGGUGGAGAAGCCCAGGCCCAAGGCUGUCGCCGCGGGCCAGGGCGCCUCCUACGCGGAGAUGUACCCCGAGGUCCAGCCCAAGGCUAACCUUCCCCCCGUGCCCAAGUACGCCAAGUGGGUCGACCCCGUCAAGCCCACCGCCGCCUUCGACCAGAUCAACAAGAUCAUGAAGGAGCGCAUCAUGGUGAUUGACGGCGCCAUGGGCACCGCCGUGCAGAAGUACAAGCUCAGCGAGGAUGACUUCCGCGGCGAGAGGUACAAGAACCACACGCACGACCUCAAGGGCAACAACGACGUGCUCGUGAUCACGCGCCCCGACGUGAUCGAGGAGAUCCACACCGCGUACCUCGCGGCGGGCGCGGACAUCAUCGAGACGAACACCUUCAACUCUACCAUGAUCUCGCAGGCUGACUACGAGCUCGACAAGAAGGAGGAGGUGUACCUGCUCAACAAGACCGCCGCCCAGCUCGCGAAGAAGUGCUGCGUGGAGUUCACGAAGAAGAACCCCGCCAAGCCCCGCUUCGCGGCGGGUGCGGUCGGCCCCACCAACAAGACCCUGUCGGUGUCUCCCUCUGUGGAGAACCCUGCGUUCCGCGGUUGCACCUACGACGAGAUCGUGGAGGCGUACUACGAGCAGGUUGAGGCUCUGAUUGACGGUGGCGUCGACGUGCUGCUCGUGGAGACCAUCUUCGACACCCUCAACGCGAAGGCUGCGAUGUUUGCCAUCGACAUGUACUUCGAGAAGUGGGGCCAGAAGAUCCCUGUGUUUGUGUCCGGCACCAUUGUCGACAACUCCGGCCGCACCCUGUCCGGCCAGACCAACGAGGCGUUCUGGAACUCCAUGAGCCACUCCAAGCCCAUCGCGAUCGGUCUGAACUGCGCGCUCGGUGCCAAGGACAUGGUCCCGUACAUCGAGAACCUGUCCCGUGUCGCUGACUGCUGGGUGUUCUGCUACCCCAACGCCGGUCUGCCCAAUGCCAUGGGUGGCUACGACCAGAAGGGUGCUGAGAUGGCUGAGGACUGCCGUGUCUUCCCCGAGAAGGGACUUAUCAAUGCUAUCGGUGGCUGCUGCGGCACCACCGACGAGCACAUCAAGUGCCUGGCGGACAUGGUGGCGACUUACAAGCCCCGCGAGAGGCACGAUGUCCCUGACAUCAUGCGCCUCUCAGGCCUCGAGCCCUUCAACUAUGCACCGAACGAGAAGGACUACCGCAAGACGUUCAUCAACCUUGGUGAGCGCUGCAACGUGGCUGGCUCCACUAUCUUCAAGAAGGCCAUCGUCGACGGCAACUACGAGAAGGCGCUGGCGAUCGCCCUCAAGCAAGUGGAGAACGGCGCCCACGUCAUUGAUGUCAACAUGGAUGACGGCCUCAUCGACGGUGAGUCCGCUAUGACCAAGUUUGUCAACUUGAUGGUGUCCGAGCCCGAUGUUGCCAAGGUGCCCUUCAUGAUUGACUCAUCCAAGUUCCACGUCGUGGAGGCUGGCCUGAAGUGCAGCCAGGGCAAGUGCAUCAUGAACUCGAUCUCCCUCAAGGGUGGCGAGGAGGAGUUCCUCAACCAGGCGAAGAUUGUCAAGCGCCACGGCGCCGCGGUUGUGGUGAUGGCCUUCGACGAGGAGGGCCAGGCCGCAACCGAGGCCGAGAAGGUGCGCAUCUGCUGCCGUGCGUACAAGCUUCUGGUGGAGAAGGUGGGCUUCAACCCCCAGGACAUCAUCUUCGAUCCCAACAUUCUCACCAUUGGCACUGGCAUGGAGGAGCACAACAACUACGGUGUCGACUUCAUCAACGCCACCCGCGAGAUCAAGCGGCUGUGCCCUGGAUGCAAGAUCUCUGGCGGCGUGUCGAACCUCGCGUUCUCCUUCCGCGGCAACGAGCCCGUGCGCCGCGCGUUCCACUCGGCGUUCCUGUACCACGCCUGCAAGGCUGGCAUGGACAUGGGCAUCGUGAACGCGGCUCAGGUCGAGGAGGACGUCUACGAGAAGAUUGACAAGGAGCUCCUUGAGUACGUUGAGGACGUCCUCCUGAACCGGUGCACCAACGCUACCGAGCGCAUGCUCGAGUUCGCCGCCACCCUUGAUCCCAAGUCCAAGCCCACCGCGCUCCGGAAGAAGGGUGCCGAGGGUGGCGCCGGCGCUGCCAAGAAGGAUGACGCCAAGGCGUGGCGCAACCAGACCGUCGGCAAGCGCCUCGAGCACGCGCUCGUCAAGGGCAUCGACGAGUUCUGCAUCGCCGACACCGAGGAGUGCCGCACCAAUGGCGACUACAAGACCCCGCUGGAGAUCAUCGAGGGUCCCCUCAUGGACGGCAUGAACGUCGUCGGCGACCUCUUCGGCGCCGGUAAGAUGUUCCUGCCCCAGGUCAUCAAGUCGGCCCGCGUGAUGAAGAAGUCCGUGGGCCACCUGAUUCCCUUCAUGGAGGAGGAGAAGAGGCUCAACGGCGGCAGCGGCGAGGCGUCCAACGCGGGCGUGUUCCUCAUCGCCACGGUCAAGGGUGACGUGCACGACAUUGGCAAAAACAUUGUCGCCGUCGUGCUUGGCUGCAACAACUUCAAGGUUAUCGACAUCGGCGUCAUGUGCCCCAAGGACAAGAUCAUCGAUGCCCUCAAGGAGCACAACGCGGACAUCUGCGGCCUCUCCGGCCUCAUCACCCCGUCUCUCGACGAGAUGGUGGACAUGGCAAAGGCUAUGGAGGCUGAGGGCAUGAAGAUUCCCCUCCUCAUCGGCGGCGCCACCACCUCCAAGAUGCACACCGCGGUUAAGCUCGCGCCCAACUACUCUGGCGGCGUGGUCCACGUCCUCGACGCUUCCCGCGCCGUUCCCGUGGCUCAGACCCUCAUGGACCAGAACAAGCGCGGCGAGUACCUCGACGACAUCAACGAGACGUACGCGGAGAUGCGCGAGGAGUUUUACGCGGGCCUCGAGGAUCGCAAGUACCUCACCCUCGGCCAGGCUCGCGAUACCGCGGCGAAGUGCGCAGUGGACUUUAAGUCCAAGGAGCACACCCCGGUGACUCCCCAGUUCACCGGCGUGAAGGCUCUCGUGGACGUGCCCAUCGCGGACGUGAUCGACUACAUCGAUUGGAACCCCUUCUUUCAGGUUUGGCAGCUCCGCGGGCGCUACCCCAACCGCGGCUACCCCAAGAUUUUCAACGACGAAACCGUGGGCGCCGAGGCGAAGAAGCUCUACGAGGAGGCGCAGCGCAUGCUCAAGUCCAUCAUGGACAACAAGCGGCUGAAGCUCAACGGCAUCAUCGGCUUCUACCCCGCCAACUCCGUCGGCGACGACAUCGAGGUGUACGCGGACGAGUCCAGGACGACAAAGACGCACACUUUCCACACCCUCCGCCAGCAGGCUGAGAAGGACGUGGACGAGCCCUACAUGGCGCUCUCCGACUUUAUCGCUCCCAAGGACAGCGGCGUGAAGGAUUACCUCGGCAUGUUCGUCGCCACCGCGGGUAUCGGCCUCCACGAGCUCACCGCCGAGUUCAAGGCUGCCAACGACGACUACUCCUACAUCAUGGCGGAGGCGCUGGCGGAUCGCCUUGCCGAGGCUUUCGCCGAGCUCAUGCACGAGAAGGUGAGGAAGGAGCACUGGGGAUACGCCAAGGAUGAGAAAUUCAACUGCGAGGACCUGCUCAAGGUCAAGUACCAGGGCAUCCGCCCCGCGCCGGGUUACCCGUCCCAGCCCGAUCACACCGAGAAGGCUACGAUGUGGGAUCUCAUGAAGGUGCAGGAGGAGAUUGGGGUGGAGCUCACCGAAUCGUUUGCAAUGCUUCCCUCCGCCUCCGUCUCUGGCCUCUACUUUGCGGGCAAGUGCUCCCAGUACUUCAACGUCGGCAAGAUCACCGCGGAUCAGGUCAAGGAGUACGCGGACCGCAAGGGCCAGGACUUCAAGACGGCGGAGAAGUGGCUCUCGCCCAUCCUCAGCUACGAGCCGUAAGAAAUUUUCUUGAGCGUAACACAUCGAGCGAUAUUUUUAUUUCCACAUCGCUGGCGGCCCCGAACUUCGGGGGGACGCUUUGGCGCAGCAGCUGCGAAAUAACGCGGGUGAAACUGCUGCGAGCGUAUUACUCACGCAUCAUUCUUUUUGUCAAUAUCAUUUUUAAUGUCCAUUUUCAACACGCUAACGCA